CAGUCGCUGGCUGACUGGCUGGCUUUGCCCACCUCAAGUGCAUUGCGUAAAGCUGGCAGACGGCAGUUUAGCUGGCUGAAUGCCAGUCGACCUUUGCAUCGCUCUCUCUGGCCACUUACCCUGAUAGCUCGCCGGUGGCCGCAAUCACCAUGGGCCUUAAACUUCUCGUGCCCUUUGCCCUAUUGGCUUCGGUGUGCGCUUUACAAAAGGAGCCACACUACAAGGUGAAAUGCAAUGAUGAAACCAUGGUCAUAGAAGUUGCACGUCAAGAGGGUUCUAUCGCCUAUUUGGAAAACUUGAAAGAUUUCCACGAUCCUUUGUGCAAAGCUCAAGUGGAGGAAAAGUACCUUCGAUUCAACCUUGAUUUGCAAGAUAUUUUUAAAUGCGGCACCACAAAAGUUCGCAAUUUGAAACAAGGUUACUCAAAUUUCCAUCAAAUGGUGAUUGUCGAAUAUGAGGACGGAUCGAAGACCAGUUUUGAAGCUUCAUGCAAAAGUACAACUAAAAAGGUCAACAAACGAGAAGUUCUGCCUGCUGGUUUUCAAGAGCCUGAAGACCUGGAAAUAACUAGCAAUUACACAAAAGAAGCCCCUCAACCCGUCCUACGGGUGAGUGUUCUUCAAUCUGGCCGUGUUGUUACCGACGAGCUCAACGUGAGCCCUGGCACCACCUUGCAAAUGGAACUUGGGUUGGACCAGUACAGUGCUCCCGUCUACGGCCUGCUCGUUUCACAUAUGCAAGUGUCGGACCUCAAGUCUCAGGAGGAAACCAUCAUUUUCAACGGUUGCUCAGUGGAUCCAUUCUUGUUUGAAAAUUUCUACACAACUGACGGUGACGUGUUGAGGGCCAAAUUCAGAGCUUUCAAAUUCCCCGACUCGACAUACGUUCAAUUCAAGGGAACCGUCAACGUUUGUCUUGACAAGUGCAGAGGGGUGGAAUGUAGCAAGAACCAAAUUGGCUAUGGCAGGAGGAGAAGAGCAAUUCUUCACCCCGAGUUGCCUCCCGAUCCGAAUAAGGUGUUCGAGAUUACAAUGAGCAGCAUUUUCAAAAUUGAAUCAAAGGGAGGCCUCGUUUCCAAUAAAGGAAAAUUGGCGGCAUUGAACGAGCCAGCAACUGUAAAAAUGCAAGAUACCACACAGCAAUUGAAGGGCAAGCAUGAAAUGAAGAAGCAGUAGAGCUGAAGCGAAUUUUGAAAAAAAAAAAUGAGCACUUUUUAAUUAUAAUUAGUAAAAUAAAAUUACUGACAGUAAAUUUACUACAAGAAAUUUUCUUGGAACUAAAAUUAAAAAUUAUGCCAAUUAUGCUUAAGUAAAACUAUGAUUUUGAUAAAUCUCUGAAACAUUUUAAAACUAACUGUGAUUUGUACUUUUAAUUUCAAUAAAGACGAAACUUCACUACCAUUAUUAAAAUGUAA